UGCCUCUCAGGGAGUGUUACCAUCAAGACCUUGGUUUUCUCCAAUGAGACAAGCACCAAUUAUGUUGAGAUGAUCCCUCAAAGGCCGAUGAACCUGACUGCGUUCACUCUGUGCAUGCGGGUGGCCACAGAGCUCAGCGGCCAGCGAGAGAUCAUCCUCUUUGCAUACCGGACCAGAAACUAUGACGAGCUGCAUGUGUGGCGUGAACUGGAUGGAAGACUGUCCUUUUAUCUAGCUGGAGAUGGUGUUUUAUUUAAAGUCCCUGAGCUCGGAGCCCUGCAGACCCACCUGUGUAUCACCUGGGAUUCCACUUCAGGUUUAGCUGCCCUCUUCCUGGAUGGCAAGAGGAGCUUAUCCAAAAUCUACAGGAAGGGUCACACUGUCAGGGCAGGAGGCAGGGUUAUCCUGGGACAAGAUCUGGAUUUUUAUCUGGGGGAUUUUGAUAAACAUCAGAAUUUUGUUGGUGAGAUCUGUGAUGUGAAUAUGUGGGACAUUGUUCUGCCAGAUAGUGUGAUACAAGGCAUGUUUGCAGGGGAGAGAGAACCAAGAGGAAAUGUUUUUGACUGGGAAAACACAGAGCUGAGAAUUAACGGGGACGUAGAGGUCGCCAUUCGUGAGCUGUACACUCCUGAAGCUGACGUGUGAGGACUCACAGUGUUUAUGAUGUUUUUCACACGGGCUGGACCACAGUAGCGUUCACGGUUUGUUUGUUUUUUCUUUUUGAAUAGAAUGGCCUUAAAUGACUCUGUAUUUAUUUAUUUUUUACGUGUAUUGACACUUGUUACUUAUGUUUUAAUUAAAGAUUCUGUUCAUUUAUUUACUGAUUGAUAUGUUUCCCUGAUGGCCAAUUAACAUCAAUCAGAGAGCUCAUUUUCAUUUUACGUUGUGGGACACACAGAGCCCACUUUGAACUUAAGUGUCCAGACCAGUGAAACCACAUAAUAAAUGGGUAAAAUUACAAAAAAGUGCAGCUGUUUCAU